UUCUAAAGUUAAAGUUUUACAAAUAUACUAAUUUUAGUGCCUGCACCUCUUGAUCUAAUAAAUUAUUAACAUUUUAUUAUGAGAAGCUGCUUUAUACCGAAUUGUGAUGCGAAUAAUAGAGAUCGGCGAAACAGACCGUUUUUUAAUGUACCUAAAGAUCUGAAAUUAUAUACUAUAUGGAAAGAAGUUCUGCCGAAGAAAAGGGAACUUAAAUCUACAGAUAAGGUUUGCGUAGAUCAUUUCGAUGAAUCUGAUUUGAUUACCACAUAUGAAACUCUGGUUAAUGGUAAAAUGGUUAUUAUACCACGGGGUCGACCGAAAUUAAAUGAAAAUGCAAUUCCAUGUAGAAAUUUAGCAAAUUGUGAUUAUCCAAAACGUGGACGGAAAUGCGGAGUUAAAAAUACAAAAAAUGAAAAAUGUGAAAUAUCUUUGAAAAAAAUUUCAUUAAAACGCGUAAAAGUGAAAAAGGUAUCCAAUUUGAAUGAAAAAUCUUGUAAUGUUAUAGUUCAUACAAUUGAAGAAUCCUUUCCGGACGAAGCUGAAGAAUUUUUUAAGGAAUUGUGUGAAGAGGAAAACACAAAUGAAGAGGUUGAAAAUAAUGUAGUCAAUGUUGUUUCAAUAAAUAUCGAUAAAAAUAAAAUUGAUGAAUGCAACACAAUUUGUCAAAAUAAUAAGCAGGUUCAAAAAGAAAAAAUUAAAAUUUUUAAUGAUCUGUACGAAGAUAUUUUUGAAGUUGAACUACCUUCAACUUUGUGGGCUAUACAUCGUGAUCCAUCAAACGUUUUCAUCGCCUUUACUUAUUUUGAUCCAAUAUUGUAUUUAUCAUCAAAAUCUAUUAUUUUAUAUAAUAAUUUGAAGGCAGCGGUCAACCUUUUUAAUAAGCAUUUUUUAGAAAAAGAUUUGAAUGACAGUUAUUCUAUAGAGGAUGUUGGAGAACUUUUAAAAGAAGUUGAUAAGAUAAGACUAUGUUCUUCUAAUAAAGAGCUACACAGUUCUUGUGAACUAAAACUUAGUGAAAAUGAUGACAGUGUCUGUACUACUUGUUCACAAGAACAGUAUUAGAAAUAAAAAAAAUAAAUACAUAUAUAGAGCUGAUGUGAGAGUUUUUUCAAUUGUAUAAAAAUAUAAGGUAAAAACUCAUGCAUAAAAUAUUUGUCCGAAAUAAGUAUACAUAUUGUUUAUUAUUUUUUGAACGAUGAAAUAAAAAAAUUUUAAAAUUUGACUUAAUUUUACGUUAAUUUUUUGAU